UUCACAUCGCGGAAACCGAAAACAAAAUGGGGGCAUCGUUGGACACCCCUGCGAGGUGUCCUCUUUGCAACGAGCUGACCCGGGAGCCCGUCACCCUGAAGUGCAACCACCGGUUCUGCAGACGAUGUAUCGGAGACUUAUGGAGCGUUACCCCGAACGGGCCGUACCACUGUCCGGAGUGGAGGUGUAAAACUGUGUACCAGACUCUGCCGUUUGAUCGCAGCUUGAUACGGCAGCCCUCCCCGAGUCGACGGGCUCAGCCUCGCAGCACCACAGCCACAUCCAGUAACGAUGAACAAAAUGUACUUGACUCAGCAUUGAGGAGGCCGUCACUCAGCAGCCAGCUCCUGGGGAAGAGAAAGGCCAGCACACCUGCACCAGAGCAACCUGACACGAAGCGACCAACUGUGGAAUCUCCCCGUGAGCGGUUCAGUGACACUGAGACUCCCACCAUUUCCUCCUCAGAUAAACCUGGGCAGUCAACUGUCGUGGGGACGUCCAAGGAAACAGUGCACCCACCGUCUACAGGGUCUGAGCAUGGUGAUGGCACAUCCUCCAGUGACAGGGCUGACCGUGAGGCAGUACCUGCAAGUGAUGUGCCGCAAGAUGUCCCAGUCCAGCAGAGCCAGUGUAAAUCAGAAGUCGUCGUCACACUGGAUGACUCUGACAGCUCAAAUGAAGUAGAUAUAUGUGAUUCACCUCCUCUUGCAACCCCCAGGGAAGGCACACAAGUGACAGGACUUCAUGCAACACCAAAGAAAGCUGCCUCACCUGCCAACUCUGAUUCUUUUCCUGGGGUCUCAACCCCAAGUAAAGACAAGUCUCCUGUACAUCAUGUCAAGCCACCUGUGAUAUUCACCAAACACCCUGCUACUGCUUCGGGAUCCUCAAGUCCUGUUAACAUCUUUUCCAGGCCGGAGAACAAAAAAAACAGCCCAGUGCCCUGCCAUUAUUGCCCUAAAACUGGAUAUCAGUCUGCUGUGAAGACUUGUCUGGUGUGCGGAGCUUCCAUGUGUACAGAGCACCUGCGUCCCCACCUGGACUCACCUGUGUUUCAGAAUCAUACCCUGGUUCCUCCAAUGGAGGACAUUUCUCCCUGGAGGUGCCAGGAACACCAGGAAAUAAACAGGAUCUACUGUCGGCAGUGUGGAGUGUGUGUGUGCACAGUGUGUACCGUCAUAGGCUCCCAUCGCGACCACGUCUGCAUUAGUAUCAGGGAGGCAGAGAGAGAGCUCAGGGGGAACCUGAAAGAAGAGAUCAAACAACUGCAGGAUGCUGAACAGCAGGUGAAGAACAGAUUGGCUGAACUUACACACAAGAAAGAGACCUCCAAGGUGGUUUUAAGUGAGGCAGGAGAAGGGGUGCAGCAGCAGUACAGAGCUAUCAGAGAGGCCCUGGAGCAGGAGGAGCAGUCAGCUCUUCAGUGUGUGAUGAAGGAGGAGAGCAGGGUUCUUGGUGGACUAGAGGAGAAACUCAGCCACCUCCAGAGCUCCUUGCUAUCCAUCCAGCGAGGCCUACACACCCUGGAGGGGCUGGCUGAUGCCAAGGGAGACAAACGCAUUCAGGACCAGGCCUUCAUAAUGGAGUACAGCAAGAUAGCCCAACUGGCUGGUAACAUGGGGAGCAUUGUGGAGCAGUUCGAGGCCCCAGAGGAAGUGGAUCGCGACAGACUGAAAUGUUUGCAGAGGUGGACCGAGAGGCGGCUGGACACAGUGAUCAUCACUGUACCUGGCAAAGACAGAGACCUCUACAAACUGCUUUAUGGUACCAUUCCCUACUUGGACGAAGACACAGCCCAUUCCAAGCUGCAGCUGUCUGAGAACAACAGGAGGGUGACCUACAGUGAGACUCCCCAGUUCUACGCAGAGCACGAGGCUCGCUUCAGCUCCUUUCCCCAAGUCCUGGCCGCCUCUGCCCUGGAGGAAGGCCGCUGGUAUUGGGAGGUGAACGUGUCUGUCGAUGAUGGCCGCUGGAAGGUGGGGCUGUGCGAGGGACAGAUCGAGAGGAAGGGCCAAAAAGACAACUCUCGUUUGGGCUUCAACAGUUACUCAUGGUGCCUGGCCUGCGAUAGGAAGAAGGUAGAAGCCCUACAUAACAAAGUAUCUGUCCCAGUAGAUGUGGACAGGCUGCAGAGGGUGGGAGUGUUCCUUGAUUUUGAGGAGGGUAUUUUAUCAUUCUUUAAUGUGACACUAGGGGGCAGUCUAGUACUAAUGCAUUCCUAUAAGCACAGGUUUACUGAUCCUCUUUACCCAGCCUUUUCUGUAUCUAAAACACACCUGGCCAUCUGUGAUCUGUUCCAGUCGUGAAUCAUAAAUUACUGGCAUGUCAGUUCUGCUGUAAAUUACAGAAUACAUGAAAGCACAGUGCCUUUUUACAUGUGAAAAUAAUUUUGUUUUUUUUGUCAUUAAAAGUAUGCUGAAUUGUAAAAUUUUCAGGGAUGAUAGUUCUGUCAUACACUGUAUAUAAUGCAAUACUUUUGCAAAAUGUGAUUUUAUAUCAUUUGAUAGUACUGGAAUUGUACCAUGCUAGAAAUGCUGUUCACUAUACAUUAUACAUCUAACAUUACAAAUAUAUUUUUGGUAUCAGGAUUUUAAUCUUUAUAAGUUUUUAAUUUGAGAUUUUUACUGAACAAAUGAACAAGUUUUUACAUCAGGGGCAAGUUAACUUUGCUGAUCAAUAAUAAAACAACAGAUUUCCAUUUUGAAUAUAUGUUAAAAAUGUUCUUUGUUUUGAGAUGUUUAAUACCUCUUUGAUCUCAUGGUGAUCCACUGUCUUUCUACAGAAAUAAAAUGUCAAAGUUUCAAAAGCAAAGUAAAA